UUCCAAUCAUAUUUAACACAGAGAAAACAAAUUGUUAACAUUAAUGGAGUUAAUUCAGAAGUUUGUGAUGUCACCUGCGGGGUCCCUCAGUGAAGCUUACUAGGGUCACUUUUAUUUCUUAUUUAUGUAAAUGACAUGAAAAUUAGUAUUGAUGCAGAUUGCAAGGUUUUAUUAUAUGCAGACGAAUCGGCCAUUCUCUAUUCACAUAAAGACCCUAAAGUAAUUUCAAAUAAAUUGUCUUCUGUUAUGGAGUCGUGCCAUGACUGGCUAGUUGAUAACAAAUUGUCCCUUCAUUUGGGCAAAACAGAGAGUAUAAUUUUUGGACCCAAGAGUAAAUUAUCUCAAGCAGCUGAAGAUUUUUGUGUUAAAUGGAACAAUCGCACUAUUAGUGUUCAAAACUGUAUAAAAUAUUUAGGUAUUUUUAUAGAUAAUAAACUAAGUGGAGAAAGCAUUGUUAACUCCAUAGUUAGAAAGGUGAAUCAAAGAUUGAAAUUUUUAUACAGAAAUAGAGGUUGUCUUUCUUUAUCAUCAAGAAAAUCCUUGUGUACAGCUUUACUCCAAUGUCAUUUAGAUUAUGCAUGUGCCAGCUGGUUUGAGGGUCUCACAAAGUGUUUGAAAAAGAAACUACAGAUUUCACAAAAUAAAAUGAUUCGUUUUAUCUUAAAUCUUAAUCCAAGACAUAAUUUGUCACAGAGAAUUUGAUGCUUUGAAAUUUUUGAAUGUUUCUCAUAGGGUUAAGCAGCUCAGACUCAAUCACAUAUGUGGCUCACGGCGGGUGUGACCGGUCAACAGGGGAUGCUUACUCCUCCUAGGCACCUGAUCCCACCUCUGGUGUGUCCAGGGGUCCGUGUUUGCCCAACUAUCUAUUUUGUAUUGCUUGUAGGAGUUAUGAGAUUGAUCACUGUUCGUUAUCUUCACCUUGCAUGUAUAACAUAUUUCAUGGGAAAGCUCCUCACUAUCUAAACAAUAUGUUCACGAAAAAUUCUGGUACAUAUAGAACACGUUCUAGCGAGUCAAACUUUGUGGUUCCUAAGAUUGCUGGGGGUAGAGUCCUCUUCAUUCUAUUAUAUAGGAGUUAAAGAAUGGAAUGCCCUUCCUAUUGACAUCAAACUUGCCAACAAUAAGUUCACCUUUAAAAGAAUGGUCAAAUUACACCUGGAAGAAAUGAAAAGACUCGAAGAUGAUGAAUUCUUUUACUACUGAACUUCACUUUUUGUAUUUUAUAUCUAACAUUCAUAAUAAUGAGCUAUUUUCAAUGUUACCUAGUAUAAUUUUACUAUUACAUGUACCUAAAUGCUAUUCAUUACACUAGUCAAUUAGUCAUUGAUGCAUUGAGAUUAUUUAACCAUGUAUAUAUUAUUAUUUUUUUUUUACAUUUUUUUUUGUCGAUAUCCUAUAAUGGACCCCAAUGGAAAUAAGCCUGUUGGCUUUUUUGGGUUAUCCAAGAUAAAGGGCAGUAUUUAAUUUUGUUUUUUAAGUGAGCCUAGUGCUGGGACAAUUUUUAAGUCCAAUUUGUGACUGUAAAUGCAAAAUGUGAUAUUAUUUAUAGAAAGUGUUAUUUUAUGUGAUAUUAUGUCAUGUCAGUUGUUAUUCUUUGUCUAACGUGCCUUUAUCUGAAUAAACACAAUAAUAAUAUUAAGUAUGCUUCAUUAAUUGAUCGAUCGAUGUUUGGACGCUUUACAUUGUACACUACCGCAAGUCGUUAGUCAUUAAACAAUUAUCAAACAAAAUAACUGUUACAAUAAAUGAGCACACGAGCUGAAUGAGCAUGUGAAUUAAAGGAAAAUACCGAAGAUGAAUCAAAAUUACUGUCUGAAACAACUUUUUUUAGAUUUUUUGUUUACCUUUGUCACAUAUAUUCCUGCAUUUUGAUUUCAAAAAUGGACGGAUUAACACGUAUUAAUCAACCUGCUAAUUUUAAAUUUCCAAAGCGGUCUUUCGGCAAAAAGAAUCCAGAACUACGUUCGUUCAACUCCUCCUGGUUCAAACCAUACCCAUGGUUGCAUUAUGACGAGGCAAAAGAUCUGGCUUUCUGUUUCACUUGCAUGGGCGCCGCAAAGGAAGGCAACAUUUCUAAUUCCAAGGCUGAGGGCAGUUUUAUAUCUACAGGCUACAAUAACUGGAAGGAUGCCACGUCAAAAUUCAGGAAACAUCAAGAUUCCGACUGCCACAAAGAGUCUGUGGAAAGAAAAGUGAGACUUCCCAGAGAAACCAGCUACCAAAUGUCUGUUCUCGGAGAUUGUAACUCUCUUAAGACUCAUUUUAGUGAUGCCAGCCACUAAUGCCGCAUGUGAGCGGACAUUCUCUGCACUGCGCCGAGUCAAGACCUAUCUUCGUGU